GGAGGGAGGGAGAAGAGGGGAAGGGAGGGGGAGGAGGCUCUUGGGCUGCAGCUUGCAACCGAGGCAGUCUCUUCUCAGCUCUCCGGAGGGACGGGGAGCGGCAGCCGCGGAGUAGGAUGCUCUGCGGGGCGCCCUGAGCCGGGGGCGCCUGAAGCAGCUUCGGGGGCCGGGGCCACAGGGCAGUUCUCACCAUGCAUCAGUCCCUGACUCAGCAGCGGUCCAGCGACAUGUCCCUGCCGGAUUCCAUGGGAGCCUUCAAUCGGAGGAAACGAAACUCCAUCUACGUCACCGUGACUUUGCUCAUUGUGUCCGUGUUAAUUCUCACGGUGGGCCUCGCUGCAACCACCAGGACCCAGAAUGUGACUGUUGGAGGUUAUUACCCAGGAGUUAUUCUUGGCUUUGGAUCGUUCCUUGGAAUCAUCGGAUCAAACCUCGUGGAGAACAAACGGCAGAUGCUGGUGGCUUCUAUCGUCUUUAUCAGCUUUGGUGUGAUUGCGGCCUUUUGCUGUGCCAUAGUUGAUGGGGUCUUUGCUGCCAGACAUAUUGAUCUGAAGCCCCUCUAUGCUAACCGGUGCCACUAUGUCCCCAAGACAUCUCAGAAGGAAGCUGAGGAGGUCAUAAGUUCCUCAACCAAAAAUUCUCCUUCCGCGAGGGUUAUGAGGAACCUUACGCAGGCAGCUCGAGAGGUGAACUGCCCUCACCUCAGCCGUGGAUUCUGCACACCUCGCAUCCGGGGCAACACCUGCUUCUGCUGUGACCUCUACAACUGCGGCAACCGGGUAGAGAUCACCGGUGGCUACUACGAGUACAUCGACGUCAGCAGCUGCCAGGAUAUCAUCCACCUCUACCACCUGCUCUGGUCUGCCACCAUCCUCAACAUCGUUGGCCUCUUCCUGGGCAUCAUCACUGCCGCUGUCCUGGGCGGCUUUAAGGACAUGAACCCAACUCUCCCAGCACUGAACUGUUCUGUUGAAAAUGCCCAUCCAACUGUUUCUUACUAUGCUCGUCCUCAAGUGGCAUCCUACAAUACCUACUACCAUAGCCCUCCUCACCUGCCGCCUUAUUCUGCUUAUGACUUUCAGCAUUCCAGCGUCUUUCCAUCCUCCCCUCCCUCUGGACUUUCUGACGAGCCCCAGUCUGCUUCGCCUUCGCCCAGCUACAUGUGGUCCUCGAGUGCUCCACCCCGUUACUCUCCACCCUACUAUCCACCUUUUGAGAAGCCACCCCCUUACAGCCCCUAAAGAGGAAUGCCCGCUGGCUGUUGAGAUUAUUGUGGCUUUUGUAUUUCUGCUUUAGUGGAAGUGUGUAGGGUACAAAAUUUAAAGUGUGACUCAUAAAGUUUGACAGUGGCCUGCCAGGCUAGGGAAAGAUAGGGAAGAAGUUUAUUUGUUAUUAGUGCAGAGGAGGGGUGGCCAGGCUGAGCCCAGCAGUUCUGAGCAGGACAGCGCGAGGCUGGGGAGCCAUCUCAGCAAGAAGCGUGUCUGGUCUGGGCCUGCAUUACUCUAUGGCCCCACCUCUGUAGGCCGCAGAAGCGUGGUUGCCAUCUGCUUCACUUGGUGUAAAAGGAGUGUUGUCCUCACCCUUGGCAGAUUGCCACUCUAGCACCUCAGUUGAAGCGCCUGGCUUAGAGGCCCUCUCUUUCCCUCCCACUAAAGUCAGUCCCUAAGGAAAAUUUCCCAGAAGACAGGGCUACACGGUAGUUCCAAUGCAGAGAGUUCUGGCUAAGAUUUUGUUUGCUUGUGUCUGAUGCUGAAAAAAGCUGGCCAUAUCCCUUACUCCUUUCUUCUCUGUAUUGUAAAAAUGGCUGUUGUGAUCAUUCAGCUCAGCUUUUGUGAUUGGUACCUCCCAAAGGGAAAAGUGCAAUAUUCCUUCGAGUAGUGGGGAACAGGAUUGAUUGUUCAAGAAGCACUGACAUACACAGAGCAGCAUGUGAGAUGUUUAAAGUAGAUCCCAGUUAUACAUCAGGUAACUUAGGAAAACAGCGGUUUACUACAUGUUGCAUUUGCUGUGGGAGAUAGAAAUCUUACAGUUAAAACUGAGUUUUAAAAAUGCUAGAUUAGGUUCUUGGGUCGUGUUAUCAACUGUUACUAAUCUUUGUGACUAUUUAAUCUUCAAAUAUUGUGCUUCAACCCCAGCAAACCGCACGUAUCCUGCACCCUACCCCAAAAGAAUCAUCUGUAUUUUAAUGCCACUGCUCUAAUUGGUCCUUUUUUCUGUUGAGACCAAUCGUGACAGUGUUCAAGAUUAUGGAAGUGUUACAAUGCCGCUUUAAGUCUGCAAAACCUCAAAUGUAGUCAACUUGACAAACUCUUAAGUGUUAUUGUAGAUUUAAAAUCCAUCUGGCACAUUGUGGUAGGUAUUUGUACAGUUCUUUUAAUUAUACAUAGCUUUAAACCUCAACCUGAUGAAUUUAACACUUUGGCACCCAUGCCUUCACUUCAGAAUGAACACUUUCAUUGCGAUCUUAUGUUAAUCUGAGAAUUGAUUUAAAGGAAGAUCGAUAAUCCUACACUUGUAAAAAAAAUACAGGGCUAUUGUAUUUUAGACAGAACAUAUACAGGAAAAUUUUCCAGCCAAUUUCGCUACCUCCCAACUUGAUGGAAUAGAGGUAGCAGGCAAAUGCUGGUGCUCCCAUCUACCUUGUAGACACCCAGCCAUCAAGAAUUCUCAAGGCACAACAAGUGCGCUCACUGUUCACAGUAAAUGUUUGCAAAACAUUCAGUUUAACUUUUGACAUCACAAAUGAUGUCUCAUCUGAAUUUCAAAUCUGAACAAUUAUCUUUUUGCGUUAUAUAACACUAUUAUUUUCUACUGUUCUGAGCAUAUUAAAAUUCUAUUGGAUUUCAAAAAGGGACUAAUAACCAAUUGACUUACUAUACAAAUAUCAACUUGUGAUACUCAAUGAAAUUUCUUGCUGUUUACACUUUACAUUUUGCUUUACUGAACGUGUAUGAGUAUUUAAUUUUUUAAAAGGCACCAUUACACAGUAUAUCCUACAUUUAUCACAUUUCUUAAAGUGUUAAGAUUCUAGGACUCAUUUCUAUGUAUUUUUCUUACUUUACAAAAUAACUUGAAACAGUAUAGAUUUUGUAACUUAAUUUUAGCAGCUUCUUUUUUUAUUACAUUGAAUUAUAAGAACUGCAUGUUACCUUAGAAAAGUUAAUAUUUGCUGCUUUACUCUUUUGCAAAAAACAUUUGCUGUAAUGAAGGAAUUUGUAUUUCCAAAAUGUACCUUGACUGCAUUUUGUAAUAUUUACCGCUUUAUUCCUAAUUCUGCUUUAAAGUAUUGAACUGGGCAUGAAAAAUUAAAAUAUUAAUCCAGAACCUGUGUAAACUGGAUGUUGCUUAAAAUCUGUAUCACUGCCAUGUUGGAAACCCAGACUGCUUUUGUGAUGUUUCAAAUUAAUAAAACUAUCCUCCUCCUUAUCAGCUUA